ACUGUACUUGUGACUUUUGAGAUUCCUUUCUUGAACGAAACUCAGAGACCAGGGAGAGAUAGGACAAAACAAGGGUUUUGCAGAGAAAUUUGAUUGAGACGCCAUAGUAAUUGCGGCGAUUCGCCAUGGACGUGAUAAAGUCGCAGCAGAUAUCGGCUCGGCCGAUUGAGAAGGUGAUAGUACAUCCUUUGGUACUGCUAAGCAUAGUCGACAACUACAACAGAGUCGCCAAAGACACUCGAAAGCGCGUCAUCGGUGUCCUCCUCGGGAGUUCUUUCAAAGGCACCGUCGAUGUCUCCAAUAGCUAUGCAGUGCCUUUUGAAGAGGAAGACAAGGAUCCAAGCAUAUGGUUUCUUGACCACAACUACCAUGAAGCAAUGUUUUCCAUGUUCAAGAGAAUAAAUGCGAAGGAGCAUGUCGUGGGUUGGUAUAGUACAGGCCCCAAAUUGCGGGAGAAUGACUUGGAUAUUCACGGUUUAUUUAAUGACUAUGUUCCAAAUCCCGUGUUGGUUAUAAUAGAUGUCCAACCAAAGGAGUUGGGAAUACCCACCAAAGCUUACUAUGCUGUUGAGGAGGUUAAAGAGAAUGCUACUCAGAAAAGCCAGAAGGUUUUUGUUCAUGUUCCUUCAGAAAUUGCUGCUCAUGAAGUGGAGGAAAUUGGAGUGGAGCACUUGUUGAGAGAUGUGAAGGAUACAACCAUCAGCACCCUUGCGACUGAGGUCACUGGAAAACUUGCAGCUUUGAAGGGUUUGGAUGCACGGCUACGAGAGAUACGUGCUUACCUUGACCUUGUUGUUGAUGGCAAGCUCCCAUUAAAUCAUGAGAUUCUUUAUCAUUUACAGGAUGUGUUCAACCUUCUUCCAAAUCUCAACGUGACCGAGUUAAUCAAGGCAUUUGCAGUGAAAACGAAUGACAUGAUGCUGGUCAUAUAUCUUUCAUCCCUGAUCCGAAGUGUUAUAGCGCUUCACAAUUUGAUCAAUAAUAAGAUGCUUAACAAAGAACAUGAGAAAGCUGAGGAUGCAAAGCCAGCAACAGUACCACCGGUUGCAGGAAGCUGAACAUAGGUUUUAUCCCAAUUUGGGUUUUCUGCCGUGGUAAACCUUAGCUUUGGGGCAGUGAACCUGAGAUAUGCUACAUCAAGAGUUCUCGUCGAUAAUUUCUGGUUCUGCAGAAUGCAAUACAGAGAACAGGGCUACAAACACUGGAUUAAUGAUUAAUGUUGUUUUUUUUUAUAUGAUGGUGACCUUAAAUUGCUUAGCACUUGUACCAUCUUCUAUUGUCAUCUGAUAUAGAAGUUUGUGUUCUUUGUAUUUGACAUUCUGGGCUCUUUAUAAUUGAUGCAUUUGGUUCGAUUUGGAAUCUUCUCCCUUUUGUUGCCACAUAGGAUCCAAUUUGCCUUUGCUGUCAAAUUGGUGACCCCUUUAAGAGAGAGAAGAUGAUUACACUAUGCAAAUUUAGUUAUUAAAUAAUUAGUGGGUGUAAAAAUGAUUACUAUGCAAGUUGUUCAUUUCUGUGUGUAAUUUGGUACCCACUUAAAGAGAUACCUCUGCGUGAUCUC